AUGGCUGGUAUUGGUUGGAAUACCUGCGAGACCGCUUGCCACAAACCGAUAUCGAUGACUACAACAACGCAAUCAAAAAGCCGUCCAAACUGUCCACGAGUGGACAUGCGCGAAUCCAAAACGUACUUGUGGAUGAAUAAUUUGCCUAUAGAAAAGGAAGAUCAAAGACGAAGAGCUGUUAGAAGACAAGUGUCGAUUGAAGAGUCAAAUUUGCCUGUGGGCAGCACGUUUUCCUAUAAAGUGGAAGGAUAUGUACCAACUUUCAAUAAAUACGGUGAUUUGGAACUCCCACCACCAUUUGGUCUCUCAGCGAGAAACUAUGCCCGUUUCACACAUCGGGAAGAUAAUGGCAACGACUGGUUCAUAGCCAUAACCUACCUCGCUGCUGACGAUUCAAGUGGUGGCGGAAAUUUCUACAAUACCUCUUAUGGCACCAUGAUGGAAGCCGCAAGCAACACCAUGCAAGCAUUCAUGUUGAAUGACUACCACAGUACGACGUUGUAUGAGAUUAUCGUAUCUGAUUGCAAGUGGAGCAGAGGUAAUAAAGCGUGGGAAGGUUUGAGUUACCGUGGCAAUAGACCGGACUGGGGCGAGAACAUUGGAUUUUCCUCUGAGGCGUCCAAGGGUCUGGCGAAUGCCACGAGAAAACAUGACGAGCUAGAGGCAAAUAGACCAGGCAGGGUAUCGGACGAUGAAAAUGAUAGUGAUUAUACUCAUUAG